AUGAUUUUUCUGCUGAAUUUGAGGAAGAAAUAAAAUUAGAGGAAUUUAUUGAUUUCAUAUUAUAUCCAAAAUUCUAAGAAUAUAGAUGAUAAUUAUGUGUAAAAUUUAUUAAAAUCAGUUAAAGGAUGUAAGGAAUUUGAUGAGUCUUAUAAAUCAUUAAUAACAUUAAUUUCAUCAAUUAAAAUUAGAUAAGCAACAAGAAUUAAAUUGUUUGAUAAAUUAUUUCUUUUAGCAAUAUUAAUGAAAAUAUUCCAUUUGAAAAUUGGUUUUAUUUGAAUUCGAAGUUUAUUGUUAAAAAUUAGAACCAAUAUCUAAAUCUUAUUUUAAAGAAUUGUUAAAUUAAUCAUUUGACAACCAAAUAAAUUUAAUAUCUUAAAAUUAAAAAUAAUAUCAAAAAGAAAAAAUAUGAUAAAUCGUUUGAGAGUGAAGAAACAUCUCUUUAGUCAAAUUUGUUUUUAGUCAAUUAGAAAAGAUAUUUAAUAAAAUAAAAAAGAGAAAUGAAAGAUUUUCCAAAAAGAAAUUGA